AUGAGGAUAACACAGUCAUGGCAACUGGUAUCCUGUCUCUUUGCAGGACUAGGACAGGUCAGAGUUGCCCGGGGGUAUGCCCUGCAGGACAUUGUCUCUUCAGUCCACGGGUCCAGGGGCGCCGUUGCCAGUGAAAGCGAUAUCUGUUCGCGAAUUGGUAUCGAUCUCAUCGAACAUGGAGGCAACGCGGCAGAUGCCAUGGUCGGCACGACGCUGUGCGUCGGGGUGAUAGGCAUGUAUCACUCGGGCAUCGGCGGUGGUGGCCUUAUGCUCGUCAGGGACAAAGACGGCAAAUAUGAGUCUAUAGACUAUCGAGAAUCAGCUCCAGCUGCUGCCCAUCGCGAUAUGUACAGGGGCAAUGUGAAUGGCAGCGUAUUCGGCGGCUUGGCAGUCGGAGUACCAGGGGAGCUGAGAGGGCUGCAAUAUCUCCACGACAAGUACGGGGCGCUUCCAUGGCGGGCGGUCGUAAAGCCUGCAGUCCGCGUCGCAAGGAAUGGGUUCAACGUGACCGAGGAUCUCGUCCGUUAUAUGCAAUUCGCACAGGAAUAUGCCGGCAACUUCCUCGUUGAUGAUCCCAUAUGGGCGGAGGAUUUCGCUCCAAAUGGCAAGUUGGUGGAGCUUGGCGACGUUAUCACACGGAAACGCUAUGCCGAUACACUGGAGAAGAUUGGUCGAGAAGGCGCGGAUGCCUUCUAUAAAGGAGAGAUAGCCGAGUCAAUGAUCAAGCUCAUCCAGGAGACAAAUGGUACCAUGACCAUGGACGAUCUCCGGAAUUACCGAGCAGUCAGCAGGCGUGCACUCUCGGUUGACUUCCGAGGCUACAAGAUAUUCGCCACGGGCGCGCCGGCAUCUGGUGCUGUGACACUUGCCACGCUCAAGACGAUGGAGCAGUAUGCAAUUGAAGACGGCCUCGACACCAACUUGACAACGCAUCGCUUCGUCGAGGCGAUGCGCUUUGCGUACGGUGCACGCACUGAGCUCGGCGACCCCGACUUUGUCACCAACGCCACGCUCUUUGAAGACCUGCUGCUGUCCAAGCACAAGGCCCGGGACACGGCGCAGCACAUCCUCGACGACAGGACGCAGCCCGUAGAGGCCUACGACCCCCAUCUCGAAGACGGCGAUGAUGCCGACGACGGCCCCAGCCGACAGCAGUACUACGCGCCGCCCGGCCACGGCACGAGCCACAUCGUCACGGCCGACGCCUCGGGCCUGACGGUCAGCAGCACGACGACCAUCAACCUGCUCUUCGGCGCCGUCAUCAUGACGCCCGACACGGGCAUCAUCCUCAACAACGAGAUGAACGACUUCAGCAUCCCGGGCGCCCGCAACGAGUUCGGCUUCGAGCCCAGCCCGGCCAACUACGCCGCGCCCGGCAAGCGGCCCCUGAGCUCCGUCACGCCCGCCAUGGCCGAGCUCGCCGGCAACGGCACGCUGCUGCUCGCCACGGGCGCCGCGGGAGGCAGCCGCAUCAUCAGCGCCACGGCGCUGGCCCUCUGGAACGUGCUCGAGCGCGGGCAGCCGCUGCGCGAGGCCGUCGCCGCGCCGCGCCUGCACGACCAGCUCAUGCCCAACGAGGCGUGGUUCGAGUGGACCUACGACAAUGGCACCGUCGCCGACAUGCGCGCCCGCGGCCACAACGUCAAGUGGGUGCGGCUGGGCAUCAGCGCCGUGCAGGGCAUCCGGAGGCUGUGGGACGGCUCCUUCGAGGCGGUCGGGGAGACGAGGCAGAAGAACAGUGGAGGUCUGAGCAUUUGA